GUUUAAUAAUCGGGUUGCCGAGUUGCUCAGCGCCUGUUCCUGAACCCGAACCUGAACCUGAAUCAGAACACGGGAUUCUGUCACAUGCGCGUGGUUCCCCUGAGAAAGUCAUAAAAGAGCCGUUAAAGACCACGAAGGGAAGGCAUAACGUCCACAAUAUUCACCAACGUAAUCAACAUAACUCUUUCUACUCCAGACUCUCCAGGAUUAUCAAUCUGUUCCCCCGCAGCGUGCACUGGCAGCCGCUGGCCGAACUGUGCUGAUUCGCCCAUCCCCGAGUAAUCCGUUUAAUCCUCAGGCCACCGGCCACCGAACCUCGGCAACUUCGUCCACCCCACAGCAGAGGUCCGCGGCUACCUGGGGUUGCCCUCUGGGGCGUUUUUAAUCACCUUUGUCCAGACCUCGGACUUUUCUUUUGAUUCUGUUACCUACUUCGAUUCAUAUACUUUGCAUUUCUGUCUUGCUCAGACCCUUUUACUUCUGAAAGACUGUUCGUGUUAGCAUUUCAGCUAUAGAAACCUGCCGAUCCUCUUCCUGCCCGAUUAGAUACCAGACUCCGUGACCUUACAUCUUCAAGAUGCCUUUCAACACAGCCCUGACCCGCAAGCUGGGCAUUCGCGUCCCCGUCGUGCAGGGUGGUAUGCAGUGGGUGGGAUAUGCCGAGCUGGCCUCGGCUGUCAGCAACGCCGGUGGUCUGGGUCUGCUCACUGCCCUCACCCAACCCACCCCCGAAGACCUGCGCAAGGAAAUUCGACGAUGCCGCGAAAUGACCAAGUACCCCUUCGGUGUCAACCUGACCCUUCUCCCCGCCAUGGUUCCCCCCGACUACGGUGCCUACGCCCAGGUCAUCAUCGACGAGGGCAUCAAGAUCGUCGAGACCGCCGGUAACAACCCAGGUCCCGUCAUCAAGCAGCUCAAGAAGGCCGGCAUCACCAUCCUCCACAAGUGCACCACUAUCCGUCACGCCAAGUCUGCCGUGAAGCUGGGUGUUGAUUUCCUGUCUAUCGAUGGAUUCGAGUGCGCCGGUCACGUCGGCGAGCACGAUAUUACCAACUUCAUUCUCCUGAGCCGCGCCCGUCAGGAUCUGGGUGUUCCGUUCAUUGCUUCUGGUGGUUUCGCUGAUGGUCACGGUCUGGCUGCUGCGCUGGCUCUCGGUGCCGAGGGUAUUAACAUGGGUACUCGCUUCAUGAGUACUGUCGAGGCUCCUAUUCACCAAAAUAUCAAGGAGACUAUCGUCAAGGCGCAGGAGACUGAUACCGCUCUUGUGCUGCGUCGGUGGAAGAACACCUCCCGCCUGUUCGCCAACAAGGUGACCCAGGACGCUCUCAAGAUUGAGAAGGAGAGCACGACUGGUGACUUUGCUGAGAUUGGUCCCUAUGUGAGCGGCAAGCGUGGUCGUCAGGUCUUCCUGAACGGUGACCCUGACUAUGGUGUUUGGACCGCUGGCCAGGUUAUUGGCCUGAUCCAUGAUAUUCCUACCUGCGAGGUCCUCCUCCGCCGUAUUGAGAAGGAGGCCUUAGAGUCUAUGACCCGGGCCCGGAGCCUGUACAGCGACGCCCCGGCUGCCAAGCUGUAAUUUGGGACGAUUCUUUGCUAUUUUCAUUUAUAUCUUCAUGUGACUUGAAUUUGGAUUCGGUGAUGCAAUAGAGCAUGUGUAGGAAUUAUACCGCAAUCUGCAAGCUUUUUUGAUUCAUAUUCUUGUUCCUUUGCAUAAUCUCGUCGCCCAAGACAGAUUGUGAUUCAAGUCACCACCUGAUGUUCAGCUGCAAGACAACGUGAAGAUCUCUAGAGAAAGACACCGCUUUUCUCUCGGGAAUGACUCGAGAAUCACCGUCGUGGCUGGGUGGCCCAUGCAACGCAUUCCUAAGCGCAGCUGCAUUCUCGAGCUUUGAGUUUGGUGAUGAUCGGGCAACGCGGUCUAUGUUUACUCGGACAUUCUCAUGUCCACACAAUUAUUAUCAUUGUUCCCGACACAUAGUCCAC